UCCAUCCAAGGCUGAAGUUUGUGUUUGUGACUUGUGAACAGAGAGAGAGAGAGAGAGAUGGCAACCACAGUGAUGAGUUCUCUGAGCCUGAAGCCCACUCCUUUGAGAGUCCAGACACCGGCGGCCAGAGGCCUGCCGUCGCUUUCCCGCCGCUCUUCCCUCAGAAUUAUGGCCAGUGGUGGCAAGAAGAUCAAGACCGACAAGCCAUACGGAGUGAGUGGAGGCAUGAACUUGAGGAAUGGCGUUGAUGCCUCUGGCAGGAAGCCUACGGGAAAGGGUGUUUACCAAUACACAGACAAGUAUGGUGCCAACGUGGAUGGUUACAGCCCUAUUUACAACGAGGACGAAUGGUCCCCAAGUGGUGAUGUUUAUGUUGGAGGUACCACUGGCUUAGCAAUCUGGGCUGUUACAUUGGUUGGCAUCCUGGCAGGAGGUGCCCUCCUUGUGUACAACACCAGUGCUCUCUCACAGUAAAUUAUUAUUUACCAUCUUUCUACUUCCUGUAAUAUCUUACCUAAAUCUUCAACCAUGUUACUGUUCUGAGCAUACUUGCAGAUAUUUAUUAAUAUUAAAUUUGUACUAUUUUAUUUGUUUA